UUCGAUAUGAAGGAACAAUCUGCAUUGACCAUAAAGUAGCGAACACUUACCCACCACUCAUAAAAAAUAUCGAUUUGUAGUCUCACAUCUCUCUCUAUGCAUUCGACAAAUUUACAUGUGCUUUUGUGUUUUCGACUCUAAAAUAAAAGUGUAUUAAACUUUUUGUGUUUCACUUUUUUUUUAAACUUUGAUCAAAACUAAAAGGUGAGAAUGUUAACUCUGCGAAAAAGUGUGAUUAAGGGAUAAAAAGAGUGAAUUACUUAAAAUAAAAUAGAGAAAACGAAAAUGGGAAUGUUCGGGGUAGAUACAGCGUUUUGUGUUGGGGCACAUUCAGCGAACCUAUAUUUUUGCCGAAUGUGCCCCGGGCAGAAAUACAAGUUCGCCGAAGGUGCCCCGUAUAAUUUCUUUUUUUAUAGAUUUAUAUAGAUAGUGAAAAAUGGUUCGAAAUUAUAAGCGUAAAGCACAAUCGAAUAUUGACGAAAGCAAGAUGAGAAAGGCAGUUGCAGAUGUUUUAAACGGUGUAGAAACGCCAACGUCUGCAGGUAAAAAAUAUAAUUUAAAACGACAAACCAUCGAACCCCGAGUAAAGAAACAAGAUCCUUUAGCCGGUCACACGGCUGGAGAUGCUAUUUACCAGUCAAAAUUUACCUGGAGACAAGUUUUUACGAUGAAGAAAGAAAUCGAACUAGUGGAUUACAUUAAAGAGUGUUGUUAUUAUCAAUAUGGGUUAUCAUAUAAAAGUUUUCAGAAGUUAGCAUACCAAUACGCUGUCGCUAACGGCAAAGAGUUUCCUGAAAAAUGGAAUGUUUAGAAAGAAACUGGGGAGGAUUGGCUAUAUGGUUUUAUGAAACGGAAUUCGAGCCUAACUCUUCGUAAGCCAGAGCAAACUAGUUAAGCAAGACUAAAAGGUUUCUCAAAAAAAGCUGUCGACGAAUUUUAUUUAAACUUAAAAAAACUUUAUGAGGCGUAUUCAUUUCAACCAAAUGAUAUAUACAAUUUGGAUGAAACUGGUAUUACGACCGUCGUUGAUUCGCCAAAGGUUUGUGAAUUAAUUUACGAUUUUGGUUAUAAUGUUUAACAAAUUCGAGGUGCUUUUCAGAUAAUUGCAACGAAGGGUCAACGACAAGUUGGGCAAGCUGUUUCAGCUGAGAGAGGCAGUUUGGUCACCCUUGUAGCAAUAAUCAACGCCAGUGGAAAUCGGCUUCCCCCAGCUUACGUUUUUCCAUGCGUACGACAUAGUUCCCAAUUCUUAAAUGGAUGUGUUUCGGGGUCUAUGGGGUUAGUCAGUAAAAGUGGUUGGAUGAUGUAGGAAUUGUUUAUAGACGUCCUUAAACACAUUCAAAAUAACACAAAAUGUUCUAAAGAGAGACCGAUUCUUACUUAACGGACCAUUUAAAAAAUUUCUUCAAAUAUAUUUUACUGAUUUUAUGACAAACAAUCCAGGAAAGAGAAUAACGAUAUACGAAGUUGCUCACCUGUCUAACUUACCAUUCCAAAGAGCAUUCAGAUCAGGGUGGUUACUCUGUAAGGCGUUACGAAUAGCAAUGCGUUGCGAAAGUGAAUUGCGUUGCGAAGGGAAAUCGGUACUCUGUAACACUUUCGCAUUGUAAACAGUGUUGCACUGUUUUCACGUUGACAAAUUUCCAGUCAAUUCUUUUAUUACUGACCGAAACGAAGGAGAAUGAAAACAAAAUCAAUAACAGAAAGGUGAAGAAGUGUAGAAAAUUGACAGAUAAACAUAAAAUUAAAUUUGAAGAGUUUUAUAAAUUUUAUAAAUAUAUAAAAGUAAUUUUAAAUAAAUAAAAAAAGUGUGAAUAUGGAUUGCGUUGUGUUGUGGGAGGAAACGAACGAACGAAAUGAACGAGUGGAGCGGAAAAUGAUUAGAGACAAGUCCAAUGUGAUGAGUCUUAGUGAAAAAAGGCAAGUUUGAAUGAUAAAGUGUAAUGCAAUUCUUUAAACUUGUUUGUGCUUUUACUCGUAAAUAGUUUCGUGCAAAACUUUCGCCUAAGUAAGGAAUCAUUCAAAAAUGUGUUGGACAGCAUAAGUAGUGAGCUAAAAACUCCACGCAGGUUGACAGGAAUACCCGAAAUUGUGAAAUUAGCGGCCACUUUAAAAUUUUUGGCGCAGGGAGGGUAUCAACAGCAAAUUGGACAAGAUCACCACACAGGACUAGCUCAAAAAACUGUUUCCCGUUGUGUGUUUGAAGUUUGCAAAGCGAUUGAGAAAGUGCUGUGUCCAAAACACAUAACUUUUGCAAUGACUUCAGAGGAGAAAAAUGAAGCGAAACGAGCCUUUUAUUCAGUGUCUGGAAUUCCAGGAGUAAUUGGAGUGGUGGAUGGUACUCACAUCCAAAUGAUACGACCGGCAGUAAAUGAACAUUUAUAUUUUAAUAGGAAAUUAAAACAUAGUAUAAACGCUAUGGUGAUAUGUGAUCAUAAGAUGAUGAUCAAAGCCGUUAACGGUCGAUUUGCUGGGGCGUGUCAUGAUUCACAUGUGUGGAAUUUGUCAAGCGAGCGCCAAUAUUUACAAACCAACUAUGUGAAUGGAGAAAUAGGAAUUCGCAUUCUGGGCGAUUCUGGUUAUCCGCUUGAGCAAUGGCUUUUAACUCCAUAUAGAAAUGCUGCUGAAAACUCUGCUGAAAGUUACUACAACUACAAAUUUUCAAAAGCCAGAUCCCUUAUCGAACGAAUAUUUGGAGUAUUAAAAGCGCGGUUCCGAUGCCUUUUAGCUGCUAGAGAACUGCAUUAUGCCCCAGAAAAAGUGGUGCAAAUUUUAAACGUAUGUUGUGCACUUCAUAAUAUUUGCACUCUUUUUAAUGUGGAAUCACCUGUAAAUAUACCAGUAGAAGUUGAAGAAGUCGAUACUAGUUAUAUUGAAACCAUAGGAAAUGCGAAUGAAACCAAUAUUGCUUAACGUUUAAGAGAUCAAAUAAAAAACAGUAUGAUUAGUUAAUAAACAUAUAACACUAUUCAAUAAAGUAAACUUUUUAAUUUUUCAUAUUUUCACAUUUAUUUGAUUAAAAUUCACAUUAAUGAUA